CCGGCUCUUGGGCUCUGAUGAUAAUGAUUUGAUUUUGGCUCAAGUUGUAUUUGAUGGAAAAGCUAGAACAUCAACUUGUUUUGAGAUCAGUUUAAUUAAAAAGUGCAAUAGUCAACUAAAUUAGUGGGUGAUGUUAACGAAGCGGAAGAACAGCAGGUGAAAAGAAGAGAAUUCAGAUUAAAAGCAGCAGAAAAGAUAAGAUUUGAAUAGAUUUGCCUCUGCUUCAACCCAAUUUCACACGACUCAUCCAAACUUUCGCCUCCUUCGAUCAGUCUGGCAUGGUGAUGUUUCUCAACUUACAAACCAACUUCAACAAUCCAUGAAUCUGAGAAAUGGAAGACAAUUUGAUAUUAAUGAAAUCAUUCGAUCAAGAUACCAGAACAAACAUCUCUUAUGGACUAAUUGUUUGAUUGGUACCUUUGUUGAACCAGUAGAAAGAAACUGCUGGGAUGUAAAAAAUGCACUGUUAUUUCAAUGGGAGAUUCAUGGAGGUAUUUCAGUCGAAAAAGCUAGUGAGUGGAUUUAUAUCAUAAGAUUUCAACAUGACUAUGAGAUGAAGAGGAUCUUGAAUUUGGCCACAAGAAGAGUUUUUGGUGACUUAUUCUGUAUCAAGAGGUGGGAAGCUACUGAUGACUUUGAAGAUUGGUACCCAACUGAGGAGAUGUUCUUCAUUACUAUCAGCAACCUAUCACCAGCUCAUGUUACAAGUGAUAAUCUCAGGAGAUAUUUAGCAUGUAUGGGAGAGAUUUUAUCUUUCUCUUAUCCAGUUAGGAAAACAAUGGAAGUUUCUCUAUCAUUGUUAGAGCAAAAAUCAGGUUUAGACAGAGAUUAAGGUUCAUAGUUCAUGCAGAAAAUGAAUUAGGUUAUGUCAACCCAGUGUACAUUGAGUUCCACAACUUCCCAUGUAACUUCUGUGAAUAUUGUGACUUAAUUGGUCAUAAGAUGAGAAACUGCAUUCAAGCUGAUCUUGCGCAACAUCAAGAUGAAGUUAAUAAAACACAUGCAGAUGAAGCUUUACUUGCUAUGCAGCAAGAAGUGGUUCUGCAACAAGAACAUAUGCAUCCAAUGAUUGUACAAGACAAUAUGGAAUUAUCUGAGGAUUCUCUCUCCAGCUCUUCUGUGGAGCAAGCUGUAACUGAGGUAACUUGUCAUGACUACUUAUCUCAAAUAGAUGAUGAUAAAGAGAACCAAAAUGAAUCAUUGUCUACACAAGUUAAUAGUGUUGGUCGUGUGGAUACUUAUCCUUCUGUUCAAAAUGAUGCACCUUCUAUAAACAACAUGGAUUCUUAUAUGUGGAAAGUUAUUCAGAAGAGAGACAGGUCUGGUAAUCCUUUCAAUUUUGCUUCUGGCAUUUGGAGUGAGGCCUCAUCUUCUCAGCAGCAAAACAAUAAUGAUAACACUGCAUACCUCAGGAACUGGUCUCUAAUGCAAAGUUAUUUCCAUUGGGAUAACCCUCCUCUUGUUCCCAAAAGGACAAGAUUAAACGGACUAGAAUUGACUUUGGCUCCUCCAAACCCAAGCCAAGUUGAAAUCAGGGUUUUGGAGGAAUCUGAGGUUGGAGGUUCUAUGAGAAAUUACCCUCAUCAAUGGUUCAAAGGGGAUUCUUCAAGUGGUAACACCAAGGCAAAAUCAAAUGAAGAAGAAUAGUCUAUCUAGAAAAUGAUCUCAAUCAAACAGCAGAACUAAAGUUAAGAUUUCAGGACUACCUACCAUCAGGGCCCAAAAGUUUUUAUCUUGUUGAUAUUGUUUUACUUUAGACUGCCUUUACUUUUAAUUCUGUAUUUGCUUUCCCUUUUAGUAGCUAAUAUUUUGUGUUUGUUGUAAUUUGUUUCAGUUGUUAUAUUAGUGAUCUUUUUACUGCUUUUGUUGUAGUAAUC